GAGUAUUAGGUUAGUCAGUAAUAAUAGGCGUUCUUAGGAAUAAAACUAUGGAGGUCAGGUCCCUGAAUCCCGACAUCCCUUACACAAUGUAACGGUGAUCUAUUUGAACCAAGUACCUUCUUCCAGCUGGGCCGAAUCGGAAUCCGAUAUAAGAACGAGUCAGGAGGGAAGGUUGGUCUGUGGGCUUUCCCAAACCAAGGGUGUUGGUUAUUCAUAGUCAUAUACGUAACGUCUGGUUGGAACCCCUCUUCCAACCCUUGCGUCCUCGUCCAUUCUAACAAGCUCGCUGCCAAUGGUAAUGAGGGUUACAAUGACGACUACAGGACUCUCGCAACACCUCAACUUCUCUUUGUACCAUAAAAUUUCAUUUGAUACUACUAAAACCUCACUAAUAAUCCCGACUAAUGGGAAUACAAUCCGUAGAUGGCGAAGCCUUUCGUGUCGGAAUCUCGGUGUAUUAGGGUAGGUCCGUACCUAGAUAGGUAGUCAACAAUCAAGCAGCAAAAUUAGAGAAAAAACUCCAAACAUCACGGUCAGAGAGAGCGAUCUGCUGCUAUCUACAAUGGAAUCUCUGUCUAAGCUUCGAUCUACGAUAACCCAGUUCUGGCCGCCCCGCCCUGCAUUCACGGAGGCCGACGUCUCCAAGGGUUCCCAGGCCGGACGAGUAUUCAUGGUGACGGGAGGCAAUGCAGGAGUAGGCUAUGAGCUGUGUAAAAUCCUGUUCGGUACCGGCGCGACAGUCUACAUGGCUACUCGAUCCGAGAAACGAGCCGAGGUGGCCAUUAAGUCCAUCAAGGCGUCGUACGCGGAACCAGAUAGCAUGACAGGCCAACUCAAAUUUCUAUACCUAGACCUGAGCGACCUCGUCUCGGUCCGAGACGCAGCGCGCCGCUUCGCGCGGGAAGAAAACAGGCUCGACGUCCUCUGGAACAAUGCAGGAAUCGGCCCCAACGCCGUCGAGGACGGGGUACGCACGACGCAAGACCUAGAGCUCUUCAUGGGGGUGCACUGCGUAGGCGCGCUGCUUCUCGCAGAGCUGCUUCUCGCAGAGCUGCUUCUGCCGCAGCUCCGGGCUGCCACCACCCCCGACCUACCCUCGCGCGUGGUCUGGCUGACGAGCAUCCUCGUCGAUACGUCGGGGCCGCGGGAUGGUAUCGACUUCGCUCUCCUAGAGACCGGUGUGCGCGACCAGACGACCAACUACGCUGCCUCUAAGGCGGGCGCAUGGAUGCUGGGGCGAGAAUUCGGUCGCCGGCACACGCCGGAAGGCAUUCUCAGCGUCGUCAUGAACCCCGGUAAUUUGGAUGCUGGGUCGUUCAAGGGGACGCCGCGUUUCGCCAUGUUCAUGAUGAGGAUGUUGUGGCUGCAGAAACCGGUGUUUGAAGCGUACACGGAGCUCUUUGCGGGGCUGUCUCCUGAGGUCACCAGAGACACGUACGAGAGAUACAUCUUCCCAUGGGGUAGAUUGGUGCCUGAUAGUAGUGUCGUGCGUCAGGACGUUUUGAAGGCGGCUGAAUCUGAAGAGCUGGGCGGGCUUGGCUCCGGCAAGAAGUUGUGGGAGUGGUGUGAGGUCAAAUGGAAGUUGGCUGAGUAA